AUGGCGAUCCCGGGGUCCGCACCCCGGCCUGGCGGCAGACCCAGGUUAGAUUUGCAAUUUCUCCAGCGGUUCCUGCAGAUACAGAAGGUUUUGUUUCCCUCUUGGUCAUCACAGAAUGCCUUGAUGUUCCUGACCCUUUUGUGUGUGGCCCUACUGGAACAACUGGUGAUCUACCGGGUUGGCUUGAUCCCCAGUCAAUACUUUGGAGUCCUAGGAAACAAAGACUUAAAUGGAUUUAAGACGCUGACGUUCCUGUCUGUUGUGCUCAUCGUCCUCAACUCCGUGCUCAAGAGCUUUGACCAGUUCACCUGCAACCUGCUGUAUGUGAGCUGGAGGAAGGACCUCACGGAGCACCUCCACCGCCUCUACUUCCGCGGCCGCGUGUACUACACCCUCAACGUGCUGCGUGAUGACGUCGAUAACCCGGACCAGCGUAUCAGCCAGGACGUGGAGCGGUUCUGUCGGCAACUCAGCAGCAUGGCCAGCAAGCUGAUCAUCUCUCCCUUCACCCUCGUCUACUACACCUACCAGUGCUUCCGGAGCACCAGCUGGCUCGGGCCUGUGAGCAUCUUCGGGUAUUUCAUCCUGGGAACCGUGGUGAACAGAGUGUUGAUGAGUCCCAUUGUGGCAAAGCUGGUGCAGCAGGAGAAGCUGGAGGGGGAUUUCAGGUUCAAGCACAUGCAGAUCCGGGUGAAUGCUGAGCCUGCUGCUUUUUUCAGGGCUGGUCACGUGGAGCACAUGAGGACAGACCGCAGGCUGCAGCAACUCCUUCAGACCCAGCGGGACCUGAUGUCCAAGGAGCUCUGGCUGUGCAUCGGCAUCAACAUGUUUGACUAUCUGGGCAGCAUCCUGAGCUACAUCGUGAUCGCAAUCCCCAUUUUCAGUGGCGUCUACAGAGACCUGAGCCCCACAGAGCUCAGCAGCCUAGUCAGCAAGAACGCCUUCGUGUGCUUGUAUCUCAUCAACUGCUUCAGCCAGCUCAUCGAACUCUCCACCACGCUCUCCGACGUGGCGGGCUACACACACAGGAUCGGGGAGCUUCAGGAGACCCUGCUGGACAUGAACCCAAAGUCACAGGAUGGGGAGUUUCUGGAUGAGAGCCAGUGGGACUUGGCCAGGGGCCCGGGAGAGCCAGCAACAGAGCCAGCAGAUACAGCUUUCCUCCUCGAGUGGGUCUGCAUCUACGCCCCCUCCUCUCACAAACCCUUAAUCAAGGACCUGAGUCUGAAGAUCUCUGAGGGGCAGAGCCUGCUCAUCACAGGCAACACAGGCACCGGCAAGACCUCCUUGCUCCGGGUUCUGGGCGGCCUCUGGGCAAGCGCACGGGGCUCAGUGCAGAUGCUGGCGGACUUUGGACCCCACGGGGUGCUGUUCCUGCCCCAAAAGCCUUUCUUCACUGAUGGGACCCUUCGGGAGCAGGUGAUAUAUCCCUUGAAGGAGAUCUACCCAGACUCAGGUUCUACUGAUGAUGAGAGGAUCAUGAGGUUCUUGGAGCUGGCAGGCCUGUCCAGCUUGGUUGCAAGGACAAAGGGUCUGGACCAGCAGGUCGAUUGGAACUGGUACGAUGUCCUGUCCCCGGGGGAGAUGCAGAGGCUCUCCUUUGCCCGGCUCUUCUACCUGCAGCCAAAGUACGCAGUGCUUGAUGAAGCCACCAGUGCCCUGACUGAGGAGGUGGAGAGCGAGCUGUACCGCAUCGGCCAGCAGCUGGGCAUGACGUUCAUCAGCGUGGGCCACCGACGCAGCCUCGAGAAGUUUCACUCCUUGGUUCUGAGACUCUGUGGAGACGGAAGGUGGGAGCUGACCAGGAUCAAAGUGGAAUGAAGCCAAGGCUGGGCACCAGAAGGAGAGCCAAGCUCAGGAGUUCGGGUCCCCAGGAGACACCAGGAGGGCUGGCGGACAAGGAAGGAGCCCCAGGUUUGCCUCGCAGUGUGGGGAACGCCAGCGGCA